AUGAAACUGCACAAUGGCACUCAAGUGACUGAAUUUGUUCUCCUGGGAUUUGCUGGGCAACACAAAUUUUGGCAUAUCCUCUUCCUAGUAUUUUUAGUGAUCUAUGUGACCACCCUAGUGGGUAAUGUUGGGAUGAUUCUACUCAUCAAAAUUGAUUCUGGCCUUCACACUCCCAUGUACUUCUUCCUUCAACACUUGGCUUUUGUUGAUCUCUGUUACUCCUCUGCUAUCACUCCCAAGAUGUUGCAAAACUUCAUAGGGACAGAAAAAUCUAUCUCAUUCACAGGAUGUAUGGUACAAUUACUAGUCUAUGGUAUUUUUGCAACAUGUGACCUCUAUAUCCUGGCUGCUAUGGCAGUGGACCGCUAUGUGGCUAUCUGUAACCCACUCCACUAUCCAGUAAUCAUGUCCCAAAGAGUCUGCACUCAACUGUUAGUUGCCUCAUACUUCAUGGGCUUCACAAAUGCCUCUGUAAACACAAGUUUUACUUUCUCAUUGAAAUUUUGCAAAUCCAAUGAAAUUAACCACUUUUUCUGUGAUGAGCCCCCAAUUCUGGCCCUCGCAUGCUCCAAUGUUGAUUUCAGCAUCAUGCUACUUGCAGUCUUUGUGGGGUUUAACUUGGUAUUCACUGUGUUAAUUAUCAUCUUUUCCUAUACAUAUAUCCUGGCUGCCAUCGUGAAGAUAUCUUCUACAGCUGGGAGGAAAAAAGCCUUCUCCACGUGUGCCUCUCACUUGACAGCCAUCACCAUUCUCUACGGGGCUCUCUCUUACAUGUAUCUACCCCAUAGUAGCACUGAGACUCAAGAGCAUGAGAAAGCAGCCUCUGUGUUUUAUGGCAUCAUGGUCCCCAUGAUAAAUCCCAUGAUCUACAGCUUAAGAAACCAUGAAGUGAAAGAAGCUCUAAAGGGGAUCAGAAAAAAGUGCUUCUAG